GGGCGCCUCCGGCCGUUCGCGGCCCGUAGCUGAUACGGCGGCUCCCGGAGCUGGAUCGGAGGCCCCGGCCGGCACCAUGGAGCUAGGGGCGGGCGCGGGGACGGGCGCGGGCCCCGGGGGCGGGACGGAGCCGGGCCGCAUCCUGCUGCUGCUGCUGGGCGGGGGCCAUGGCUGGGCCCGGCGGGGCGGGGCGGAGGCCGAGCCCGGGCCCGGGGGCUCCGAGGCGGCGCGGAGGCCGGAGCCCGGCUCUGACCCUGACUACGAGGCGCUGCCGCAGGGCGCCGCGGUCUCCACCCACAUGCUGGCCGGGGCCGUGGCGGGGGUGCUGGAGCACUGCGUGAUGUACCCCAUCGACUGCGUCAAGACGCGGAUGCAGAGUUUGCAGCCGGAGCCUGCUGCCCGCUAUCGGAACGUGCUCGAGGCCCUGUGGCGGAUCGUGCAGACAGAGGGUUUCUGGAGGCCGAUGCGGGGCAUGAACAUCACGGCCACUGGGGCCGGCCCUGCCCAUGCCUUGUAUUUCGCCUGCUAUGAAAAGUUAAAAAAGACAUUGAGUGAUGUUAUCCAUGCUGGGGGCAAUAGCCAUGUGGCCAAUGGUGCAGCGGGGUGUGUAGCAACAUUGCUCCAUGAUGCAGCUAUGAACCCUGUGGAAGUGAUCAAGCAGAGGAUGCAGAUGUACAACUCACCGUACCAGCGGGUGACGGACUGUGUGCGGGCCGUAUGGCGCAACGAAGGGGCCAGGGCCUUCUACCGCAGCUAUACAACCCAGCUCACCAUGAACAUCCCCUUCCAAGCCAUCCACUUCAUGACUUACGAGUUUCUGCAAGAGCAGCUCAACCCCCAAAGACAGUAUAACCCUGGCUCCCAUGUGGUCUCAGGGGCGUGCGCAGGUGCUGUGGCCGCUGCUGCUACCACGCCAUUGGACGUUUGCAAAACGCUGCUCAACACCCAGGAGUCCCUGGCCUUGAACUCCAACAUCAGUGGACAUAUCACAGGCAUGGCCAAUGCCUUCAGGACGGUGUACCGAGUGGGCGGUGUGACCGCCUACUUCCGUGGGGUACAGGCCCGGGUCAUUUACCAGAUGCCCUCCACAGCUAUUGCUUGGUCUGUGUACGAGUUUUUCAAAUACAUCCUCACCAAGCGCCAGGAGGAGCGCCGGUCUGGGAAGUGAGUCAGAGCUUGGCCCUGCUCUGGGCCCACAUAAUCUCCCCUCCCUGCCUCUGCCUCUCGGUGUCGCCCUUUGGUUUGGUUUGUGC